AUGCGCACAAUCCCCAACGACGGCCUAAUCCAUUUCCGCGACACAUUCCAACGCAGCUAUCUCGUCGCCACAAACCAUCAAGCCUUACUGGAUAUCAUGAGUACGAAUACAUACGACUUUGAAAAGCCCUGGAAAGUGCGUGCGUUUUUAGCGCGGAUUCUGGGUUUUGGGUUGAUCCUGUCCGAGGGAAAUGCGCAUCGAGUGCAACGGAAGGCUUUGACGCCGGCUUUUAAUAUAAAGAACAUUAGGAAGUUGUAUACACUUAUGUGGGACAAGACGGUGAUUUUGUUGGAGCAGUUAGAAAAGGAGGCGAAGGAAAACCCGAUGGAAGGUCUAAAUGAGAAUAGUAGGUCCGGGAAGAUUGAGAUGUCUGUUUGGGCGAGUCGUCUUACACUCGAUGUCAUUGGUCCCGUAGCGAUGGGCCGCGAUUUUCAAUCUCUAGUCAACAAAGAGAACAAAAUUGCGGACAGCUUUUUAAGGAUUCUAGAACCAUCCCGCGAGAAAUUGAUCUUCCUGGGUAUCAACUUCAUCUUACCUCAAUGGUUUGCGAGUCGUAUUCCCUGGCGAUUGAAUAGACUCGUUGACCAAGAGACCGGAUUCUUGCGCGCUGUAUGCCAUGACAUCGUCCGUGAGAAGCGGGAAGCUCUCAAGUCGCAUAAAGUUGAUACAGAGGAACUCGAGGCGGAUAUACUGGGCACGAUCAUGUUGCGUGGAGAGUUCUCAGAUGAUGAGUUGGUGGAUCAAAUGUUGACUUUUUUGGCUGCCGGGCAUGAAACGACCGCAAGUGCCCUAACAUGGGCUUGCUAUCUACUCUGCCUCCAUCCCGAUAUCCAGACCCGUCUCCGAGAAGAGAUUCAUGCUACCAUCCCCUCUGCCGAACACGCCAUAACAUGGAAUCAACUCGAAUCCAUGCCCUUACUCAACGGGGUAUGUCAAGAAGUCCUUCGCCUCUACCCUACCGUACCUGCCACAAUCCGCGAAGCAGUCCGCGACACAACCGUCGCCAACACCCGCAUCCCGCGCGGAACACGCAUCAUCCUCUGUCCAUAUGCAAUAAACCGCAGUCCUCAUUUCUGGGGCGAAACGGGAGAUCAAUUUAUUCCGGAACGAUGGAUUGAUACAGACGACAAGGGCAACAAAUCAAUAGUGAAUCAUAAUGGCGGCGCACCUACCAAUUUCGCGCAGAUCACGUUUUUGCAUGGACAGAGGUCAUGCAUUGGCAAGGAUUUUGCGAGGGCGGAAUUAAGGUGUGCGGUUGCUGGGGUUGUGGGCAGAUUUGUGAUGGAGAUGCAGAGGCCGCAGGAGGAGAUUCAUAUUGCGGGUGCGGUGACGACGAAGCCGAAGGAGGGAAUGCAUUUGAAAAUGACGAAGGUGGAGGGGUGGUAA